UCUGGUGACGGUCUUACUCGUUGACCUUAUAGUGGCUUGAUAACGUGACGAUAGAGCAGUUUUGUAACCGCGGCCGGCGCAAGCACACGCAUCAAAAAUGGCAGAAACAACUUCUCCUACGAUAUGGGAGGAACUCAUGAGCCCACUGAACCUUGUGUUAAUAGCUGUUAUAGUGUACCUUGUGUAUAAGAUAAUAAAGUCGAACUUUGAAUCUGAAGUGACUGUUGCUGCUCCUCCGCCAAGUCUACCGAAGCUGAGGAAGGAUUUGACAGUAGCUGAGAUCAAGAAUUACGAUGGAACACAGCCCGACGGCAGAGUGUUGCUCGCUGUAAACGGAAUCAUUUUCGAUGUAACCAAGGGCAAGAGAUUUUACGGCCCCGGUGGUCCGUACUCAGCUUUUGCGGGCAGAGACGCGACGCGAGGCCUAGCUACUGGUCAAGUAGCUGCAUCAGACAAGGAGUACGAUGACGUCAGUGACUUGACUCCUGAUGAAAUCGCUUCAGCCAAAGAAUGGGAAGACCAGUUCAAAGAGAAAUAUGACAUCGUGGGUCGUCUUCUGAAACCAGGUGAAACGCCGAACAAAUACAGUGAUGACGAAUCCGAAGAUAAGAAGACACAGUAGAGUAGAAAAUAUAAAUAUUUCUAUACAAAAUAGAAUUAAAAUCGUGAUACUUUACUGGAAUCCGGUGCCUAGGGAAAUGUUAUAAACGUUAAUAAAAUAUUUUUUAUAACA